AUGACUGGAGUAGCACAUCAUAUUAAUGAAAUGAAACGGCAGCAUGAACAAGCUGUACAUGUACAGGUAAAAAAAACUGCAUUUUUUGAUGUUAACUUUUCCGAGGUUAAUAAACAUGCCAUUUCCGAGUUGCUCCAAACCUUUCUUUCAAAGUGAGGCUAUUUGCGAAGCUAUUGAUAUGAGAAUGUUUUUUUAUUCUCAUGCAAAUCAAACUCCUUUUCACAAGAGAGGAUUUGCACUUAACCUUGUUUCGAAAGUGAAUGUUGUUUGAAUGCGGAAAUAGCCUAUUAUUUUUGUCAACAGGAAGAAAAAAAUACAGACAUAUGGUAAUGAAAAAAAUUCAGGCAAAAUCCACUGCAAUGUUUCAAUUUUUUUUCCUUUUUUUGCGUUUGUGUGCCACACAAGAUAAAGACAAAAACUAUGAUAUUGGUAUAUUGUUGUUAACAAUAUUGUGUUGUGUUUACUUCAUAGGAAAUUCAAAGCCAGAUGUCAGAUUUUGAGGUAAGGGACCUACUGUAUUCAUGUUUUUAAUCGUGCCUUUCUUUUUUUAAAACUGACUAAUGACAUGACAAGUGAUUACGCAUAAACUGUCCUGUUAAUGCUAAGUCAGGGCUACUAAUAGCCAAUCAGAUAUGAGAGUUUUAUUACUGCUGUGACUGACAUUUUUUUCUGUUCUCCUCUAGGGCCCAGAUCUUACAACUUAUGGUAGUCUAGUUUUGGAGGUAUCGACUUGGAAUUUUUGUUCUUUAUAACUUGACAAUCUUAAACACGUUGAUUAUUUCUGUUGAUAAAUGACCAUGGUGUUCCAAGUGUCGUGGAAAUAAUUGCAGUUUUCCUCACCCAUCAGCAAUGAAAUGAAAUUAAUUUUAUUGUAAUAAGGAGUUUAAGCAAGACGUUUUUGAGCAACACACGUUGACGGGAAUUGAGUCGUUGUCCCUUUCAAUAUGACAUGAGGCUACUAAAUGUAUAUUCCCAAGUGUAUUUUCUCUCAUAGAGACGAUUUACCCGAAAAUUUGGUCAAAAUCACGCUCCAAAAUUGCAAAAAGUCUACUUCCGAUUGACGUGCGUCGCUCAAAAGCGUCCUUGCUUUAACUCCCUUCAAUGUCAAUGUUAAACAACCAUGUUGCCCAUGAAAUGUUAUCAAGUGAGUAAUUUCAACUUAUUGCCUUCUUGAUAGGAUACCUUCCGGAUUCAUAACACCAGAACUGACAGGCAUUUGUUCCUAUUCGAGAAAAUCCUCCUCAUUACAAAACGGAAGGAAGGUGGCUAUUCUUGCAAAGCAUCUUUGAUGGUGAGCAUCCUCUGGAAAAUGCUUGAUGAUACUUUGCUUGUUUAAAUGACGCCUUGUUUACAUAUACUCGUAGACGUUUUGUUAGCUGCUCUUGCUAUGGUUUACAGGCAAAUAAUCGAAAGAAAAAAUCCCAAUCAAACAUGAUUAAAAGUAAAUAACCUAUACUAGAAGGAGGCGAACCACUUGGCUAUUUACGAACGCGGCCGAGAAGCUAAGAUUGGGACUUACAAGACUCAAAAUAACCGUGACGGCCGGCCUCAAGGGAUGAUGUCCGACCUGAAUGGUGGCUUGAACGGCCAAAAACUGUUCACGAUUUUCCACAACGCUAAACGAAACGAGACAAUCUUUAACCUCACAAAAAAAUACUAUGAAAGAAACACUAGAUGAACACGGUUCGGCAGGAUGCAUAAUAUAUGCAUGGGGCUGUGCGGAAAUCUUACCAAAAUUUCUUUGGCCGGUCAACAUAUCCGGCCAUCUUCCGAAAAUUAUUUUGAGCCCUGGGGCCCGUUUCUCGAAAGUCCCGGUAACUUAACGGGCCCGGAAUCAUAUUUUUAAAUCAAAGUCUCAAGAAAAGUAGGGUGUGUUCUGACCUCUAAUGAAGUCCAUUUUGUUUCGUUAGCUAAUAACUCUACUGUAUAAUUUUCAAAACUUUUAAAACUCCCUUCUAAAAUGGAAAACAAAACAGCUUAACGGGCCCGGUAAUUACCGGGAGCUUCGAGAAACGGGCCCCUGGCCUAACGAGAAUGCUCAAUUCGGGACCUUCCGAUUGCUAGUGCGACACGCUGACCACUCUGUCACACUGCCUCCCUAGAUUAAAUGCAAUAAUUAACAAAAUCUCAUUUUGCAACACUUUCGAUUGUUUUGUUUCUUUAUUCAUCAGUUGUCAAACAUGAUGCUGUCAGAGUCAAUACCUAAAGAACCACUUGCUUUUGAGAUAAUACGCUUUGAUAAUCAGAAG